UCUGAGCAUUGCGUUACAAUUCAGUCCUGCUGCGAAUCUUGUGACGUUUAGACGCUCCCCGGUGUUCGCGUUGAAAAGCGCUAGUUUUCAAUAUCUAACAAAAAAAUAACGCGCGCGCUUUUAAACAUUGCAAGUGCCACAACAAAAAAAUAUACAAAAAAUUGACGAAGCUAAUAACAAAAUCAAAUAUACAGAAAUAGAAAUAUAUACAAAGAAUUAGCUUCUUGUGCGGUGUUCUUGGUGAUGUGAUGGGCGCUUGAGCCACGUUCUUUUUUGAAUCAGUCAGUGUAUACUCGUUGUUAAGCCAAACUUAAGCCAAACUGCAAAACUUAAAACAGCCAAAAUGAUGAUGAACGCAUUCAUUGAGCCCGCGCAGCAUCAUUUGGCCAGCUAUGGGCUGCGCAUGUCGCCCAACACCACAACAAGCAACAACAAUCAGCAACAUGAUUUGCAACAGCAACAGCAACAACAGCAGCAACAGCAACAACAACAGCAGCAGCAGCAGCAACAACAGCAGCAGCAACAGCAACAACAGCAGCAGCAGCAACAACAGCAACUGGAGGGCAGUGCCGACUCCACAUCGCUGGCAGCGGCGGCAUAUCAAAAUUCCGGCUACGGUCACUUCAAUAGCUAUACGCCACGUGACUUUUUACUUGGACGACGCGGCGAUGCCUCGGACUAUCCGGCGGCAGCCACAGCGCCAAGCGCUGCCAGCGCAGACUCGAUGCUCUUCUCCAGCUUUCCAGCCCAGGCGGCUGCCGCUGAGUUGAGCUCCAGCUUUGGACAGCAUCCGUUCCAUAGCCAUCACCAUCAUCAGCACCAGAUGCGCAUGGCGGACUAUGCAACGCAUCCGUAUGCCCAGCAUCAUCAUCACAGCAACUUUCCGUCGGCGGUGCAUGCGGCACAUCAUCAUGCCGCUGCCGCCCAUGCCCACGCCCACCAUCCGCAUCAUGCCGCUAUGUCGGCCAUGCAUCCGGCGGGACCGGGCGCUUUUCUGCGCUACAUGCGACACCAGCCAACAUCGGCGGCGUCGAGCGUGAAGCAGGAGAUGCAAUGCCUCUGGAUAGAUCCCGAUCAGCCGGGCAUGUUGCCGCAAUCGCAGCAGCAAUCGGCGCGCAAGACGUGCAACAAGAUCUUUCACUCUAUGCACGAGAUUGUCACGCAUCUGACAGUGGAGCAUGUCGGUGGACCCGAGUGCACAACGCAUGCUUGCUUCUGGAUCGGCUGCUCGCGUAACGGACGACCCUUUAAGGCCAAGUACAAGCUGGUCAACCACAUUCGCGUCCACACCGGCGAGAAGCCCUUCGCCUGCCCUCAUCCUGGCUGUGGCAAGGUGUUUGCUCGCAGCGAGAACUUAAAGAUUCACAAGCGCACACACACGGGCGAGAAACCGUUCAAAUGCGAACACGAGGGCUGCGAUCGGCGCUUUGCCAACUCAUCGGACCGCAAGAAGCACUCGCAUGUGCACACCUCGGACAAGCCCUACAACUGUCGCAUCAAUGGCUGUGAUAAGUCAUACACGCAUCCCUCUUCGCUGCGCAAGCACAUGAAGGUGCAUGGCAAUAUUGAUGAGAAGUCACCGUCGCAUGGCUAUGACAGCGAUGGCGAGGAGAGCUCCAGCUCUAGCAUUGUCACGGGUGGCGCUCAGACGCCGCCCUCGACGCGUUUGGAUGGCAGUGCUGGCAGCAGCAGCGGCGUCAGCAGCCUGAGCGGUGGCAGUGGCAUUAAAUCAUCCCCACACUCAAUCAAGUCGGAGCCGAAUCCGAUGCACAGCGUGCAUUUGGGUGCCUCCAGCAGCGGCAGCAGCAGCACAGCCAGCAGCAGCGCCUCCCAUCUGUUGCAACAGCAACAACAACAGCAGCAACAGCAACAGCAGCAGCAGCAACAACAACAACAACAGCAGCAGCAGCAACAACAACAUCAACUUGCCGCACAUCAGUCAUUGCAUGCCGAAGCGAAAUCUUCGCCUGCGCUUCAGCUGAUGGCAUCCUCCGCGUAUCUGCCACCACCCUUGGGACCACCACCGUCUCAUCAUCAUCAUCACCAUCAUCAUCAGGUGGCUGCUGGUAACUCGGCGGCAGCAGCGGUGGCAUCAGCGGCGGCUGCUUCACCGGGAGCGGCUGCUGCCUCGGCAUCGAUGCUGGCCGUCACCGGACAUCACAGUCAUCAUCUACUUUACCAUCCGGCGGCGCAGCAUCAUCCACCCAGCGACUGGUAUCAUACGGCAGCGCCGGCUGGCAGUGCGGAAGCGAUGAAUCCAUUGAAUCACUUUGGUCACCAUCAUCAUCAUCACCAUCUAAUGCAUCCGGGAGCCGCGACGGCGUAUUGAGAUUGGGAGAACUGGUGGCCCGAGGAGCCGCCGCUGCCGCCAACGCCAGCGGCGACUGCAGUGCCACCAGAAGAUGCAACGUCAACGUCGGCGUCGGUGUCAGCGUCAGCGUCGGCUUCAGCGUCGACGCCAACGCAAGCUCUGGACUGGAUUUGCUGUCAGCGUCUGCAGAAUUUGGCGCUUGUCGCGCAAUGUGAAAACCAAAUAUUUCUGAAAGUUGAAGAAAGCACUUUAAACUUUUUACCUGAUAAUUGAAAAAUUGCUGUUAAACAUACCUACACACACAUACAGACACACUCAAACAUAUACACACACACACAAAAACAUACACAUAACUUACACUUAAAGAAAAAACCAAUUGCAUCAUAGAGUUGAGAGUACUUUAAAAAGCCUAUUAUUAUUAUUGUAAUGAUUAUUAUUAUGUAUUUUAAUAUAAUAUACAAUAAAAACAAAAAACACAACAAUGGAAGUUGCCUAAGUUUUUGCUAAAUGUUAAAUUAAUUUAAAGAAUAGCAUUGUAGUUGCUUUUGUUUAAGUGUGGUGCGAAUCGAAAUAUACUUGUAAAUUAUAAAAAACUAAAGUUUGUAAAAGCUAAAUGUAUAAAAUAACAUAUGAUAUAUGUAUAUGAUAAAAAUUGAUAUAUACAUACAUAAUAAUUUUAUUUAAGCAUAAUGACUAUUUAACUAUUAAGUAUUAGCAAAUUUUUCAAACUGCUUUUCACAAACACAAACACUCAUAAAAUCUAUAUAAAAGAUAAACUCCUCCAGCUAUCUAGUACAAAAAAAAAACUUAAAAAAAAUUUGAUUGAAAAGCUAAUCAUA